GCCUUGUCGGUGUCGGGGUUUUUAGGCUGUUAGCGAGGUUCAUAAAACGGCGCCGUACCGUCAAACUGAAAUGCGGAAGAGACGUAAAAAUAGGCUACUGUGGGGAGAAACGACGAUCCGGAGGCGCCCUCCUUGGGAUUCAAGGGUCACUUUCUUCUUCAAUACAAAGGAAACUUCAUUCUGCUAUUUGUCUAAUCAGUAUUUGGGAUACCCCGAAUUCCCUGAAUCAUUAAUGCAUUGAAAUGGACAACGAUUUUCAACGUUCCGUUUCAUUACGGGCCAGUCGUAGGCCGGACCGAAUUAAUUUAUCCUACCAGAAAGGUGGUGGUGGGAACUCAGCGCCAGAUUUCUCAAUGAAGAUUAUAUGGAAGAAGGGUUUCAUUAGAUUGGUGUUGGUGGCUGGGAUUAUUUGGAUGCUACUUAUCCUUUCUGCUGUGCUGUUUCAUAUUUGGUCUUGUCAAUCUUCUCUUGCUUUCUUUUCAGCUUUUUGUAACAAAGAUAGCAAGGUAUUCGGCAAGCUACACACAAUGGGUCUUGUUAGACCACCACACCGCUGUCCAAUUCCUGUCGCUGAUGACCCUAAUACUGUAGUAAUUCCAAAAAGAGGAUCCCCUGAGAGAUUUGUUCAAAGUUUAUCCUAUAUAAUGGAAGAUGACAUGGCUAGUAAUAGAUCUGAAUCGCCUCCUCUCUUUGGAGGACAUCAGACCUGGAAACAAAGAGAUAAAAGCUUCAAAGUAAAGCCUACGAUGAAGGUGCAUUGUGGUUUUAUGAAAAAUGGUGGUGCAGAAAUGGACCCAAAGGAUAUCGAAUAUUCCAAGAAGUGUCGAUUUGUUGUUGCAUCUGGUAUAUUUGAUGGAUAUGACCUACCUUAUCAACCAUCCAAUAUAAGCCAGCGCUCGAGGAAGCUAUUUUGUUUUCUGAUGGUGGUGGAUGAAGAAUCUUAUAACUUUAUCAAGGGAAAUGUUACAGUUAGAGAGGAUGAGGCUGGUGGGCAGUGGGUGGGUAUCUGGCGUCUAGUUCUGCUGAAGCAUCCGCCUUAUGAUGAGCCCAGGAGGAAUGGAAAGGUUCCAAAGAUAUUAACCCACCGACUAUUUCCUCAAGCACAAUACAGCAUAUGGAUUGAUGGUAAAAUGGAGCUUAUAGUUGAUCCGUUGCUAAUUUUAGAAAGAUAUCUAUGGCGGGGGAAGCACACAUUUGCAAUUGCACAGCACAAGCAUCAUAGAAGUAUAUAUGAGGAGGCUGAUGCUAAUAAACGUAGAAAGCGAUAUGCUCGUCCUCUUAUAGAUCUCCACAUGAGAAUUUACCGCUAUGAGGGGAUGGAGCCAUGGAAUCCAAAGAAAGGCACUUUGAGUGAUGUGCCUGAAGGAGCUGUUAUCAUUCGCGAACAUACUGCUAUGAAUAAUUUGUUUAGUUGCUUGUGGUUUAAUGAGGUUAACCUCCUUACGCCAAGAGAUCAGCUGAGCUUUGGCUAUGUUGUUUACAGGUUGGGAGGUCUCUUCAAAUUUUUUAUGUUCCCAAACUGUGAAUACAGCUCAAUUUUUAUUCUGCACCCACACAUUCGGGAACAUUCGUCCCCAAUAGAGUGGGUGAAAACAUUAGAGGAGUUUGAGAAAGACCCUAGCUUGAAAGAGACUAGGGGAGGAUUAGGCUUGUGGAACCCUUAUCCUGGGAAUCUUGAUUUUGUUGUGCUACCACCUGUAGCUAGAACAUCAAAAGCAGGAUAACACGUAUCUUCCUUCUUUUUUUUCCUUUGGGUGAUUGCUGAAGUUUUUCACA